AAAUAUACAAGUGACAUCUUUUGGACUGUAAAGAGUCCCAUCCUAUAAACCCAAAUAACAAAUCAUUAUUCAACGAAAUCAAGAAUUCAAAACCCUAGCUCUUCAAAGUUUCUUUCUUCUUUAAUUUUUCAACUUUGCUAAAGAUUCAUUUCUUUGAGAAUAAGUAAGUGAAAAUGAGUGGAGCAGGAGAGAAAGGAUCAACGACCACUAAGACUCCGGCAGAUUUUCUGAAGUCUAUUCGUGGACGACCUGUUGUUGUUAAAUUGAACUCUGGUGUUGACUAUCGAGGUAUCCUUGCCUGUUUAGAUGGAUACAUGAAUAUAGCAAUGGAGCAAACAGAAGAAUAUGUUAAUGGACAAUUGAAGAACAAAUAUGGUGAUGCCUUUAUACGAGGAAAUAACGUGCUUUACAUCAGCACAUCGAAGAGGACUCUCGGGGAGGGAGCUUAAGAUCGAGCAUACGAGUGAUCGGCCUUAGUUAUCCUGGCCGUUUUUAUUGUGUAACUGGCCUUUCUCAACUUGUCCGUGAAGUUUCCUCUGGAUGUUGUAAUUUGUGUAGGUUUUGGUAGAUCAUGGAUGUUAUCUUAAUUGCUAUUUCUUUAGUGAGUCAAUGUCAUUUUUUUUUUCCAUUGCCAAGAUCAAGAAAUGGCAUCCUUUAAUGGUGGAUCUGAACAUCUGUUAAGCAGUUUUAUCUUGACUUUAUUUUGGAUAAUAGAUGCAUAUAAAAUUUACUAGCCUUUGAAUCA